UUGAAAAUAGAGGUUAUACUGUACUGUAGGGUAGAAUGCACAGUUUUUUAAAUUUUUGUAGAUUUAAAUAUCUGGAAAAUAACUUAAGGAAUGCUAGUUCAUUUUUAUGUUUAAAGAAGACAAGCAAAUAUAAGACUGUUAGACAUUUUUCUGUUGAAAAUAAGCUAGUAAAAGAUGAGAAAUCUGAAAAAUUUAUACCGUUCCUGCAGAGGAUUAACCUGAGGCGAUCAGAAGCGAGAAGAAGUAUAGUUGUUCAAGUACAAUCUUCACAAUCUUUUAAAGAAUUAUAUGCCUAUUGCAAUUCUAUAGGAAAAAUAAAAUAUAUGUUCCAUUAUUCUGUAGGCAUUGAGCCAUUGCACUUCAUAAUUGUAGAAUUUGAAACUGAUACUGAUAUCACAAAUAUUAAGAAGUCCAGCAUAUUUGUUGAAGGAAGCUUAGGACUACCUACACAAUCACAUUUUGUGUGGUUUAGGGCCGCACAUAAAAAAUUACCAAAAUUAAAACAAAUAAAAUCUACUUGUCUGCAAAUAGAAAAUGGUACUGCAAUUAAAGAGGAAGAAGUGAUCAAUCAAAUGUUAAGCAAAUCAGAAAAUAUUUCAGAUCAGAUAAAAACUCUCCAUGAAAUUACUAAAUUAAAUGAUGUUGGUACCCGUUUAAGGUUUUUAACUGCUCUUCAAAUUGAAGAUGCAGUCAACGGAAUGUUUCCUCAUGCAGUUGCUUAUCCUUUUGGAUCCAGUGUGAAUGGAUAUGGCAAAAUGGGAUGUGAUUUGGAUCUAUUUUUAAAGUUAGCUGCUGACAAGCCUAAUAGUGAAAAUGGAAGACUAGUAUUUCAUUGUAAACCACUUAAUGGUUCAGAAAGAACCAUGAAUCAGAAGUACAUGGAGACAUUGGGCGAUUUAAUCUACCUUUUUUUACCUGGAUGUGGACAAGUUAGGAGGAUUCUACAAGCUAGAGUACCGAUUGUUAAAUACCAACAACAGUUAACAGAUGUUGAGUGUGAUGUAUCAAUGACAAAUAUGUCUGGUGUUCACAUGUCAGAUUUUCUGUAUAUAAUGGGAGAACAAGAUGACCGAGUAAGGCCAUUAAUAUUUGCAAUAAGGAAGUGGGCGAAUAUUGCUGGUAUUACAAAUUCGUCUCCAGGAAGAUGGAUUUCGAAUUUUUCUCUUACACUUCUAGUUCUGGCCUUUCUUCAGAACCCUUUAAGUGGAAAACCAGUAUUGCCAUCAUUAAAUAAAUUAUCGGAACUAUCAGGUCCUGAAGACAAAUUUCAAUUAGAGGAUGGAACAGACGUCUCAUUCCUAAGAGAUAUAAGAAAAUAUAAAACCAAAACAAAAAAUACGGACUCAUUAGAACAGCUACUGAAGGAAUUCUUUGAGUAUUACGCCCAUUUUGACUUCGAAAACAAAGCAGUCUGUCUGAACGAAACAGUCAAUGUACCAAAGCCAGAAUUUAGCCCUAUGUAUAUAGUAAACCCAUUAGAAAGGGGUUUGAAUGUUAGUAAAAAUGUUAGUUCAGACGAAGUAGUAAGAUUUAAAAACGAAGUUAGAAAUGCGGCAUGGAUGUUAGAAUCGCAGGAGUCAAAAUCGACACAUUGGGGUCUUCUUUCAAUUUUGCAAAAUAAAAGAACAAAUAGUAUAUUACAAGCGGUUUCAGCUCAUUCACAACAGGGAAGAUUGGUAGAAGUUAGUACCUUAUUUGAAAGAGAAGAUGAAGAUAACAAAAAACAAAAUAAAAGAAGUAAUGUGAAGAAUAGUCAGAGGUAGCAUAUGUUUAUACAUUUUUUUGUUACAUAAUAAAUAUUUUAUAA